GGCCGACGGGGGGCGAUGACGUCAGACCGGGUUCCGAUUGUAAUUAGCGCUGCUGCGUAGAAAGCCCGGUACAGAGAGGUUGCAUUUGGAGGUAAAAUGGCGCUGACUACUCAAGGAACAAAGAAAAAAGUUUGUUAUUAUUACGACGGUGAUGUUGGGAAUUAUUACUAUGGACAAGGGCAUCCGAUGAAACCUCACAGAAUCCGCAUGACCCAUAACCUGUUACUCAACUAUGGGUUGUACAGGAAGAUGGAGAUUUAUAGGCCUCACAAAGCUAACGCAGAAGAAAUGACCAAGUACCACAGUGACGACUACAUAAAGUUCCUGAAGUCCAUCCGCCCUGACAACAUGUCAGAGUACAGCAAACAGAUGCAGAGAUUUAAUGUGGGAGAGGACUGUCCGGUCUUUGAUGGUUUGUUUGAGUUCUGUCAGCUUUCAACUGGAGGUUCAGUUGCUGGAGCUGUAAAGUUGAAUAAGCAGCAGACGGAUAUCGCCGUCAACUGGGCAGGAGGCCUGCAUCACGCCAAGAAAUCCGAGGCGUCGGGCUUUUGCUAUGUGAACGACAUUGUUCUGGCCAUCCUGGAGUUAUUGAAAUACCACCAAAGAGUGCUCUACAUUGACAUUGAUAUCCACCAUGGUGACGGUGUUGAAGAGGCCUUCUACACCACCGACCGUGUCAUGACCGUGUCUUUUCACAAGUAUGGGGAGUACUUUCCCGGCACUGGAGACCUCAGAGACAUCGGCGCAGGAAAGGGCAAGUACUACGCUGUGAACUACCCUCUCAGGGAUGGAAUUGAUGACGAGUCCUACGAAGCCAUUUUCAAACCUAUCAUGGCCAAGGUCAUGGAGAUGUACCAGCCCAGUGCUGUUGUGCUGCAAUGUGGAGCCGACUCGCUCUCAGGGGAUCGCCUCGGCUGUUUCAACCUCACCAUUAAAGGCCAUGCGAAAUGUGUGGAGUACAUGAAGAGCUUCAACCUGCCUCUUCUGAUGCUGGGUGGUGGAGGGUACACCAUCCGCAACGUGGCUCGCUGCUGGACCUUCGAGACCGCUGUGGCUCUGGACACUACCAUCCCCAACGAGCUUCCAUACAAUGACUACUUUGAGUACUUUGGUCCUGACUUUAAACUCCAUAUCAGCCCAUCAAACAUGACCAACCAGAACACAAACGACUACCUGGAGAAGAUCAAGCAGCGGCUGUUUGAGAACCUCCGCAUGCUGCCCCACGCCCCUGGAGUUCAGAUGCAAGCAAUCCCUGAAGAUGCUGUGCAGGAGGACAGUGGGGAUGAAGAGGAAGACGACCCUGAAAAACGAAUUUCCACGCGUGCCCAUGACAAGAGGAUAGCCUGCGACGAGGAAUUCUCAGAUUCAGAAGACGAGGGCCAAGGCGGCCGCCGGAACGCAGCCAAUUUCAAGAAGUCAAAGCGGGUGAAGACCGAGGAGGAGAAGGAUGGGGAGGAGAAAGAUGUCAAAGAAGAAAAGACUUCUGAGGAGAGCAUGGACACAAAGGAGGCAAAGGAGGAAAUGAAGAGUGCGUGAGGAGCGAGCUGCCGUCGUGCAAACGCAGGCAGAGUGAAGCCAAGCCCCACCAUUGGAGGAGCUCAGCAGCCAGCUGCAAAGGACUGUAAAUUAUUUUCGGAAAUGCAUUUUACUCUUUGUGCUUUAACAACUUGAAAAGGUUUGGCAUUUACUUGAAAUGCAAUUUUUUUUUUUUUUUUUUUUUUUUUUUUUCUUCCCAGAGCCGAUUAGUUAAACUUUUGUGUAAUGUGUUCUGUUUAAAGCAAGUGUAAAUGUUUAGUUUUCUUUUUUAUUUUUAUAUGAGUUCUCCAAAAUAUGCAGGGCUCGAGGCAAAUGAUCUCAGAGAGUUCUUUACUGUUCAGGUUACUGUUAAGUUAUUUAAAUCAUGGGCAAAACUCUCUUCUCACUUGUCAUUCAAUCUUCCCUUUUUAGUAUUUUGAUAAAGAGAAUUCUGGUUAAAGCUCUACACGGCAUUCUGUACCUUUUUUAACGUUAGUGUUUUUAUUACCGUAUUAUAUUGAAUUUGAAAAAUACCCCUUAGUAGGGAAUCUGGCCUUGUGAAUGGAUUUCAGAUUUUACUAUUUGAAUAGAAUUGGUGGUUGUGACAUGCCUGUUUAUUACAAAAUUGAUUUGGUAAAGAAAUAAAGGACCGAUCUGAAAAUA